AUGAAGGUGCUGAGUAGUCACGUAGAGAGACGUGCGCCCUGCGGACCCAAGAAGAGGAGCUUGCUCACCAGCAGUGACUCAGUACAACAGGAAGUGGCGGUUUCCAUGGAGAUGGGCCUUGCUGCUUGCCACAUCACCGCCACAUUUCCAUUCGCUCAUAGCUCAGAAAUUAAGCCCAACGUGACUGAGAGACACUUCCUGCUUCCUCCUUUCAGGUUGGGCCCUGCCUGCGCGUCCAACGACCCGCAGCUGUGGGCCACCUUCAGACAUGUGCUCCUGGCCAAAACUUCCCAACGUGAUGUCCUGCCACUCCUGCUAACACCUCUCUCUUUUUCACCUGCUCUGAGAAUGGUCACCAUGACAUGGUUAUCUCACUCAUUUACGGUUGUGCUGUCGAUCAUGUUCCUGUUGGUUUUGAUGACUCCAGUGCUCACCACGGCCCACUUUCCCGAGCACAUGAAAAAGGAAGCUCCAAGAAAUCGACGCUCGAUCUCGCCUUCUGACGUGAGCGUAACUGCCAGUGCUACAAACAGCAGCUCAGCUUCUGGAUCUUCUGGUCCUUUAAAGAACGCCUCUGCCACCACACAGGCUCCUGGGACCUCUACAAAGCCCUCUGUGACACAAACCUUAAGUCACACUCAAGAACACCUAGCCAACACAGAGCCAGCUUCUAACACAAGCGAUAUUGCGGACACCACCCAGCCAAAGACACGUACGGCUACUGUGGGUCCCCGGGCUUUUGGAGACAAUAAGACAACAUCCGAUUCUUCUAUCAAACCAACUUCCACCCCUACAAAGAAUGUUUCAUCUGGAGUGGCAUCUCAUACCGAUCACUCAAGAAACACUUCAGACUCCACCACAACUUCAGACAGGCCUCACUCAUCCCACAAGUCUCAACCCAUACCCACAACUCCCUUGGUCCAUACUAAUGCAUCUACAACAUUAUCUAAUGAUUCAGUGUCCACUGUCUCUGGGGCAUCUGGUGACUCUACGAAGAUGAUGACAACCGAGCGUGUGCUGACCACCACCACCAACGUGUCCAACACUUCAGCCAUCGUCGUCCAUCCGAGGCCACAUCCAAAAGUCACAACCACUGCAACAGCGACAACGAAGAUGACAUCCAAAUCGAAACAACCACCUUCGACCCCAAGGAAGAGCGACUGUCCACUGCAAACGGCGGUCCCGGGACAGAAGCAUCAGGGCCUGGUGAACAACUGCCUGAUCGCCAUAGCCUCCCUGGCAGGCCUGGCCACCUUCUUCAUGGUGUGCUCCAUUGUCCUCUGCACCAAGCUCUCCGCCGCCAAGCACCGGUACCGAUCCUGGCUGAGGUCAUCUGGCGGGGAGGGCACGGAGAUGGUGUGCAUCUCCGCCCUGCUGCCGGACGGUGAUGGCCCGGUGGUGAGGCCCAAGACCCCGAAGAGCAACGGCGCCCUCAUCCCUGUCACAGACACGGAUGGGGACAGCGAUUGCGGGGACAACCUCACCCUCAACAGCUUCCUGCCAGAUGCAUGAGUAGGGCUAGGCAGCCUCUCUCACAACCGUUAUUGCCAGUUUCCUGCCAGAUAGUGAGCAGCGUAUACUAGACAUGGACAUGGGCUGGGCUGCUUCAGAUUUCCUGUUUCCUGCCAGAUAAUGAACAACUGUCACAGAUUUAAGGUGUAGUGCACCCUGAUAUUUGGUUUUAGUUGCGUUAUGGAAUUCAUCAUAAGGGCUAUGAUGGAGAUUAAUAUCUUUUGAUGCCAGCCUCUUAAAACAAAUGUUGGAAACAAAGCAAACUGUUGUCCUUAUCUGUACAUAGAGUUGCCAGUUGUGUUGUUUUCAACAUAUUCAUAGCCUCAAAAGUAUUUAUUUAUUCUGAGAAUUUCAAUCUUGUUCCCAAAAAUGAAAAAAAGCAACAUCAUGUAAACUGCUCAAAGUAAUUUUGAUGAUACACUGACCACAACAUAUAAUAUUGGCAUUGUACAUUCAGAACGCCUGGUAUUGCACUUUGCAACUUUUGUGGAAUGUGGCCCUAGACACUUUUCAACACACUGUGAUUGCACCCCUAAAUGUUGAACAAAAAUAUGGUAAAUAGUAAACAGUACAUUGAUAAGUGAUAACAAGGGGUCCCACACCCAUCCGCACAUUAUAUUGCUUUAAGUGACAGAGGCCAAUCAAUCUGACAAUAAAUCAACAUCUCUACUUUGCAAACAACCUUUACUACUGCAUAAACAUGCGUGUUAGGAAUUUGAGGAUCUGAGAUUGGUUGCAUUCCUUGCAACAUGCAACCCUUUACCUGAAAACACCAAAAAGGAAGCAGUUGGACUUUUAAACAGAUACUUCCCCUUUCAGCGCACACAACCAGUUCUAACAUGCUUAUUCAUUACUGACACAAUACAACAACAACACAUUGUCUUUAUAUAGCGCUGUAUGUCAGUGUCAAUAGGCACUGUUUGCUAUUUUGUUAUAUGACAUGUAUGUUUAUUGUAUUAUUGCAUACAUUGCAUCUCACACUUGAAGCAGUGUACCUACCUACUCAUCUAAGCCAUUCUAAGCAGUGAUACAGUCAGUGAUACUGUAGUUGUUUCUGUAUUUUAUUUCCCCAUUCACACAUGGCCUGUAUUUUCGGAUUCAGGGUUCCAUUAACCAUACAGCAUCAAAACAAAUGUAUUUAAUUUAUUUUUUUAUUUUUUGUAAGGCUAAUUGAGAAAAAGGUUGAAUUUUGGCUCAGAUGUUUUAAGUUCCCUGACUAAUUUAAUCUUGCACUGAAAAAUAAAACCUACAAAAACCCCA